AUGGACGCGGAAGUGGAGAAAAGGCCGCCCCGACAAAUCAUUAGAGGAAAGGUGUUCCUUUCGUUGGAGCACGCUCAAGCAAUGUCGGGGCACGUGUUUGACCGAACGAAAUACGACACCACAUCGGAAUGGGAGGAAUCACAAAACGUACCACCACCCGCUGAAAGAAAACCAUCACGAGCGGAAUUGGUUGCUCAAGCGCGAAAGACAUACGAUGCGGAGUGUAUGCGAAUGGGUGGACCUUUCAAUCCGAUCAAGGAUGAUAUCAACGAUGUGCUUUCGGAUGUCGAAUACAUCUCUGACAACGAUUUAACUUCUGUUGCAUCAACGACAAUGGUUCCAGAGAAAAAAAAGAGCAGAGAAGAAGUAAUCACGGAGAAUCGAGCCAAAUAUGAUAAUGAAUGUGCAGUUCUUGGUGGACCUUUCAAUCCAAUCAAAGAGUCAAUUGCGAAUCGUCUUUCCGAAGUUCAGUACAUCUCCGACAACGAUUUCAGUCGUCUUGAUCCUGAGAAAACACUGACCAGCAAGCUUGCAACUGGAAAGAACGAGGAAAAACGAGCCAAGUCAGCAACGAUGAAUUGGUUGCCAAGUCAAUCUACUCCAAACAAUUCUCGCAUGCCACCAGUGAUGACGCUUGAUGAAUCAUCGAUUAUGGUGUUGGAUGGAUGUAACGAGAAUGUGUUUGUGGAUUCAAGGCUCGGAGAAAGCGCACGACAUUUCCUUCCCAAAGAGCAGCCGACGGUUGAAGAUAUGGAGGUCGAUACAAGCAGCUAUUAUCAAUUUCCUAAUGCCAAAACUUUGGAACCGCAAAAAAACAUGAAAGUACUGGAGGCACCGAAGAAAAACUUCGCUCCACCAAUUCGAUAUUCGACGGCUCCAAUGGUUUUAGCCGUGAACAAACUCCAUCUGAAGGGCAGUCCUGCUAUAGUUGAAGCCGAAAGUCAAGCUAUGAACAGCAGCGUAUGUUUGCCAUUGAAACGUCUACAAUUGACACCGGGAACAAAAAGUUAUCAAAAUAAGAGUCCUCACGGGACGGCGCGUGGACUUUUUGAUCGACUGUCUACCCCAAAGCAAGGUUGUUCAAAGGAUAAUUGUGAAGCACGUGCUGUUCCUAACCCCUACAAUUUUGUCACGCCCAUGAAGCCCAAGAGUGCUAGUUAUUCAUUGCUCGCUGCACCGUUACCAGAUGGAAAAACUCUGAAAUUCAAAAGAUCGGGUCAAGCUGUUAAUUCCAGAGAUGUUCCCAAGCUUUCAUUUGAUGCGAGUCAAGAAACAAUUAGCGACACUGGGGUGCCAAUUAUGCAAUCACUUGACUUCUUAUCGGGCGAGAAAACGAUUAUUACGCAGCCAGCCAAUACGCAUCAAAAUGUUCCCAAUGCCCCACUCCGAUUGUUAAGCGAUGACGAUGAUGUUGGUUCGGAUUCGCUAGAUAAUGGAAAGGAAACACUUGAGGCCUUGCCGGAAAAAUUAAUUAGAUCAGCGGUUCAGAAUACGGAUGAUUUCAAUGUAACUACAGGCGGUGGAGAUAGCACCAUGGGUAGCUGUUCUGAUGCAACAAUCGUCCACAUCCGGGCAACUAAGGCCCGAAACGAUGAACCAGAGUAUUUGAUAUUGGUUCCACCAAAGAUUGAACUAUCACAGCCCGGUGACGGUCGUCGGUAUCCAAAAAGAAAUCGUGUCCCAAGACUCAAUGGAGCUUUGGGCGAGCGGCCAAUCUAUGAGAUGAGCCCAACUAGCAAGGGAUGGACACUUGUCGGGGUUGAACCGGGUCGAGUGACAGAAAAGCUUUUGAUAAAGAAUCGGGUGGCGGACAAUAAACAAUUGAUGGAAAAACAAAACCUUGACGCCAAACAUCGAAAGGACCGAAAGGAAGUUUACGCAAAUGCCCGUCGAGCACGUGCCGUGCUUGAAGACAACAAUGACGAG